CAUUAACGCUCCCUAUAGAGCAGCGGCGGCGGAGGAUGGAGCUGAGUAAAUGAAUGAGAUGCGGGCUGACAGAGACAGAGGGAGAGGGAGAGCCGGCCGAUGUUGAGCAUCAGCAUCCAAUUUAAACAUCGUUUGAAUCCUAAUUUAACGGCUGGUUGCGUUACAAGUGAAGGAUAAACAUGAAAUUAGCUUGUUUCGGAGGGACUUCACGUUUAUAAUCCCUAUGCAUUUCAGGAUGACAUCGACGUCUGUGGAGCUGAGCUGAGUCCUGGAGGAGGAGGAGGAGGAGGAGGAUGAUAAAACCUGGAGUAUGCGCCAAGUGUUUUCUGCCUUUUCUCCAAAUAAAAAAAAAACCGACAUGAAGCUCCCUCUUGAAGGAAGAUGUCUACCACCAGCACCAAGCGGCGUACAAACCUCUCAUUUGCGACUGUUUAAACGGCUGGUUGGAGGGAUUUAAUGGCACAGCGGACAGCGAGAAAGAGCCAGCGAUUGAAAGUGGGAUUUAUGAGCAGAUUGAAGAGUGAAUAUUAAGUUUUUCCCCCCUCCCGUAUGAGGAUAACUCACAUCUACAGUUGGACCUCUGAGCAGCUCAGCAGCAGUCACAAUACGCUAGCGACGGAUGGAUAAAGCUAGCGAAUUUAGACAAUGUUUGCUGUUUACCCGAUUUGACAGCGAUUGUGUGUGUCUGAAAGCAAAAACUUCACCAGCUUAAUUCGGUAAUAAAUCACUCUGCCUUUGCUUGUCCCGAGUUUAGCCCUCUAAUCCUUCGUUCGCGCUCGACUGAGGAGUUUAAUUUGGCUAGCUAACGACGGUAGCUUCCAACGGCUAGCGCUCGCGCCGCACUCGUCUCUCAUCAUGCACGCGCUGACACGUUUGCUCGGGUGAAACCAGCACCCCCUCCACCCCUACCCCCCCUCCACAAAAAUGUACCCAAGGGCAUAACCACCACAACAACACCGAGCCAUGUCGGACUGAGAGCAGCGGAACCGUGGCUCACAACGCCGGCCGUGAAGUCACAACGAGCAGAGCGGCUUUAGUUGGAUCAGAAGCUGGAGAGCUAGCCUCCAGUCUCAAGAGACCACCGAGAGGAUCAUAGUCAACUCGCAACCAAAUCCAGCAAAAAUGGGGUAUGUAAUUAAUACGAAAUGAAAUGACAGGCUGCAGCUCCCGCUCUGCAUGACCAGUUUGUUUUUAAUGUGGAUUUGACAAGCCCACCCCCCUCAGCAGAGUCUACGCAGUACUGUCUGUCAAUAUGUGCAAGCUUGUCAUCUAUGGCGGGGUGUACUGUGUGUAUAAAGUAGUAAUUCCCAGGGGCGUGUCCAGACUUUUUGACUGGGGUGGCUCAAUUGACCCACAGACUGUGGCAGGGGUGGUAUGAGGUAUGCACACACUAACACUGCUGAAUAUCAGUAAUUCGCCACUGCUGUCACCUUACAUCAUAUUUUUAUAUCUAUGAGUUGUAUUCAGAGGCAGAUACAAUUCACACAACCCCCUUACACACUGCAAUGCCACUGUACUCUGACAUUUUAGGUGUCCCAUAGCCACUUCCAUGAUAUAAAGCUCCAGCAAAUAUUAAACACUAAAAGAACAAACUAAUCUAACAGUCCCAGGGCUUGACUCUAACUUUUUUCACAAGGAACAUGUGCUCAUAAGCUUUAAAUUUAACACAAAAACAAAAAAAGAGGACAAAUUAGGGAAAUAAAGAGGUGUGUCUUAUUGGUCAACAUAAGAAUUAUUAUUUUAAAACAAUUUUAGUUCAAUUGGUCACGCGACAUGGAAGCUAUUGAAAGAGAAAAUCUUUUCUGAGAACAUCAACCAGUAAUUUAUGAUGGUCCCUUAUUCAACACCUGACAUUGACAGCGAGGAUGCUGAAUAGAUUUAAUCGUGCAGCUGUUGUUAUUCCCGGUUAUGGAGCGUGAGAAGACACACCGGUAGAUCCACAGUGAAUAUCUGUCAACUAUUCAACCUAAAACUAACUCCACUGCAGUAUUUACAUAAAAAAACCAAGAGCUUUUCAGCUCCAAAUCUAUAUACUGGUGGAAGGCGGAACCAAGUUGUCCAUAGAAUAUACAGUCUAUGGUUCCAUUAUCUUUACGUACGAAAUCUCUCCUGAACUAGAUUUUUUUCUUUUACUCUUAUUGUAACAACAUGUUUGUUGAGGAGAUGAGCCCAUUUCUUUUCUGGCUAAGUGGAUCAGUGCGUUUAAACUGUGCACUAUACUUUUAGCUGUAUAGUUAAGACAUUAGCACAGAUUUGUCUGUCACAUUCGUAAGAGCAAACAGUUAGAAAUAGUAAAAAGAUUUCGCUGCCACAUAUUAAACCCCUCAUUCACCGUAAAUCCCCUCAAGACAGCCUUGCACUUCCACACUUGGCUUUAUGUAAUGCAUGUAGCAGAACCUGCAGAUGUAUGGUGAUUCUCCUGAUCAAGGGCGACCUAGUUCUUACUCCAGAUGAAAGCAGAUGAUGCUGCAUGUGAUUGGUUUGUUGUCAUAUUGUGGUUGAGAGGGGGGUGGGGGUAAACUUCAUGCGAAGCACAUCCCCUAUAAUUCUCAAGGCCAAUGGUUAUAAUCCAGUCAACAAUCAAUUCCUCCAGCACAGAAAGACAGCGCGUCCUGUGUGUGUGCACUUACCCCUUAAUUAGCGAGUCAGACUUUGCUCUUCCAGCAAGUACAGGAGCUUCUGUUCUUGUAUAAUAGAUGGUUGUAAACAAGCCUUCCCCGCUGAAACUUGGCUCUUUUAAAUAAAACAGGAUCCAGGCGAUUUUUUUUUUUCAUCUUAACUGCUCGGGCCGAUGGGACAGCAUGUUUUCACUCCACAAACAGACACGUAUAUUAACGGCAACACUUGCAGCAAUAACACACUUGUCUGUCACAGCAAUUCAAGUCCAACACAUUCAGAGUUUUUUGUUGUUGUUGUAUAGUGACACAACACGUCCUUUUGUAAAAAACAAAAAAAACAACUUUUGAUUGGUCAAUAGAGGCGGGACAGACAAUGAAUUUAUUUAAUACUGACAGGAGACAGAGGGGCAGCAAAGGUUGAGCAGGGACUGUGUAUUUAGAUGGCCACUGUCUUUAUCAGAACCCUCAAUAGAAGUACUGUUUAAUACUGUUAAUGGAUUAUGGGUUUUAAACUCUAAAACCAUUAAAUUUAACUAUAUUUUGGAUGCAUCUCAAAGGAAUUCAUAUCAAAAGAAUCAAUAAAGCUCUGAGAGUAAAUGGUUUAAGAGGAACUGAUACAUUCACAAAUCUGUCUGAAAAAACACUCCUCUUCUAUGAUUAAAAUAGAUAUCUUUAAAUUUUCUUUUAGUAGAUAAAAGAUGAUAUGUUGGCCUUUCUCACAUGUGCUGACUUGAUAACUCCUUAUUGAAAACAGAAAAUCAAAAGGAGAUUUGUCUGAAGAAAUAACUAGUCGCUGGCUUAAUUUGUAACGAGACAGUUCAUGUGCUCUCAGCUGACCUUUCAUGAUUACGUAGAUUUAAGCCAGCUCAGUUGUUCUUUUUCUAACUUCUCUCUUUCUUUGACUUUCCUCACUCUUCUUCUCUUAUUUUUCAUUUCCUCAUCUCUUAUGGAGGUGAAAUAGGAGUGACUGUAAAAGCAGAUGUCAACUGAAGCGCUGCAUCUUUUUCCAGCUUAAAUCUUCUUUACAUUGGAAGAUCAACACUGACACACACUCUUUUUUUCCCCCCCGAGUGCAGCCGAAGCUCUGUAUGGCAUAUGGGAGUUUUAAACUGCAGGGUUGUGUCCUGCCAAGCGCCCGCUGCCUCCUCUCUGCGAGUGGGUUAACCGGCAGGGACACAGGAAUCGGAUUGGAACGUGAGAGCAUGUGGGAAAGCAGGGGGACAGAACGAGUUGGAGGAUGUUCGCGGCUCAUGACCAGCUCUGAGUCACGUGGCUGUUUCUAUGACAACGCAGCAGCAGCAGCAGCAGCAGCUAAGUUAGUAAUGCAGGGCUGUUUUUUGCCUGCACUUUGCAACCAUCCUGGCUCUGACAGGGACUUUUCUUGUGAUGGGCAACUUAAAUUAUUUCCCCCACUCUUUAGGCCUCAAUUUACAACCAAUAUUUAUCGCAACAUUGCUCGAAAUCCAGAUGUGAGAAUUUGUCCCAUUUGUGGCAUUAACUUUAAAGUAAAUACAGACGCUAAAAGAGGGUUUUUUGUACGUAAAACAUGACAUUUUAAGACUCUGAAAAACUGCAGCAUGCACACUUUACACUGUUCAAUAUUUAAUAGGCUGUGAAAUUAAUCUAUAGAUCAGAAAAACAAUCGAAAGUGUAAAGCGGAGAGCAAACUUCAUCAUAUAAUGGCACUAUUUGAAUUUGGCAUGCAUCACACAAGGCUGAAUGUCCCGAGGGACUGAUUUGCAACAGUAGGCUGUCCUCACAAAAGAACACACUGAACACAGUCAGAAGAUAAUCUGAACACAUCAACAUUUUAGUCGUGGACAGAGCUCGUCUUUGUUUCCCAGUAUGCAAACACUGGUGUCUGAGUCUGUCUUCUGUUUUCCACCAGUAUGUCUGCCGUUCCUAAGUGGAGAACUGCUGAUGUGAUAACAUCUGCGGUCAGAUUCCUCUGUCAAAGUGCUCGUCAUUGAGACUCCAAUGCCACAGUUUGUCUCAUUGUGAAAAGGGAUUAGUGGCAAACAAUCGCCUCACACUCUCGCAUCACCAGAGCAGAUUUUGAUCUAGGCCACGCUGACACCCUGAAAUGUGAAAUGACAUGCUCAAAUAUUGUCGUUUAAAGCUGGGAUGAGCAGAGCUGAGGUAUGAACAUAUUUUCUGACUGUGAAACUGAAGAAGUGACCAAUUCUGGUCAAGCUUUUGAGUCUGAUUCAUCUUCUCCGUUUGGCUGAAGCUGUAUUUUGUCUCCACUCAAACCUGGAAAGAACACAAAAACAUUUACAAAAUAAAUGAUCUGUUUCUAUUUCCAGUCAGCUGAGUUCCUGUGAUGGUAGUACCAUGAGACUGAUGUGCUUGAAAUCAGGCAAACUUGCAAGGUCAUGUGUCUGUGUUAGACUGAAAGAAAGACAAACAGUACGGUCAUUUAACAACAGCCAAAAAAGAUGGAAAUAGCAUAACUGACCAUUGAAUCUUCUCCUCUCUCUCUUCCUCUCUGUAUUUCUCCCCCACUCAGCAGUGGCUUGGUGGCUGUCUAACAUGAGUCUGGUCCUUCCCAAGGUUUCUGCCUGAUAAAGGAAGCUUUUCCUUGCCACUGUCACUCACACAUGAAGUGACAGUACAUGAAAUGGGUCAAAUCUGUCCCAUCUUAUGGUUGGGUCUUGAUGAUUCUUAAAACAAUGAGCGUAGUCUAGACCUACUCUUUUUCUUUGGAAGCAUCUUGGGAUAUCAACUGUUGUGAAUUGGCGCCAUAUAACUCAAAUUUGAUUUGAGAAAUCUUUCAAAAACACCUCCUUUUAUUCUUAUUCCUCUCCUGAUGCUGUGUUAGGGUUAUAGUUAUGCAUCUUGUGUAACAGUUCAACUCACAGCCCUGUUUGCACACGCCUGUCACAUUCCCAGUCAAAUAGAAGAAUGCCUUUCUGUGCAGGUGUGUGUGUUGUUCUCCAGUGAACCUAUCAUCUUCAUGACAUCAUUGUUUUUUUAAGUUACCUGUUCUUGAUGGGACAUUUUUAAGUAGCCCCAUCUAUCAGAGGAAAGGUCAUGGGGUCUAGUCAGUUCUGCUAGAAGGGUUCAUCCUCUGGGGUCCAUGUUGCCAUGUAAUGUAAUUUAAUACCAUGCUAAAGUGACAGAUAUAUACAGUUGAGGUAUUUUUGUACCUCAACCAAAGCAGUGGGAGACAUCGACGAUAACAGCUGUUGAUGUUUUGGUUUCAUGUCUGAUACUUCUCUGGAAAAACAAAAAUGCAAAAUGGUUAUGGUCAACAUACAAAACAUAAAUGUAAGUUUCUGUUGCAUUUCAUUGCAAACAUUUAAUAUUCAAACAUCUUUCCCACAAUAAAGAACAGAAAAAUUGUUACUGAUCCUAAAAUUGCGAGCUCCAGCGAUGCAACUUUUUAUACUCCAUUAUGAUAGGGUGACCAUAUUCUGAAUCUCCAAAAAAAGUACACGACAACGCCGGGGCAGCGUCACAGAGUCACUGUAGUAAAUUUUGAGAGUUUUUCGGGUUGGGUCGAGUGUUUUUUACGUGCUUCUGACUCAGUUAGUCCAUGCUACACAAACUUCCAUAUAAAACCCCAGACAUUUGAAGGAUUUUAUAAACUCCCCCCCGGACAAGGCCGGACAGCCCCCCAAAAAAGAGGAUAUGUCUGGGUAAAAGAGGAUGUAUGGUCACCCUACAUUAUAAGACUCGACUCCAGCUCCCAGAUCUGUUUGAAGAAAGCCAGAGAGCCUGGUUGUUUUUGGUUGACUUGGAAAAAAGGUUCUCCAACAAGAGGACUGAACUACUUCAGUGAAAGCUCGACAUUUAGACCAGCUCCAUGUCUCUGCCAUGAACCCGCUAAUUGUAGAUUCAGUCCUAAUAAGUGUAUCUGUCAGUCUUCAAGGGAAAGCAGAUUUGAUUGCUUGGCUGGGAGCAGAGAGUCCCAGGUCUCCUAUGAGACAUGAUUGUUCUCUUCGGGAACCUUUCGUCACGUUUCAGCGCAUUAAUUAAGUCAGCAAAGCAAAGACUCUGUUAUUUAAAGACAGACACAAUUAAUCAGAGGCAUGACGAUGAUGAGGCUAUGCACACGGGAUUCACACCAGCUCCAACAGGCUGCAGGAUUUAACUUCCUCUGACAUGAUUUGCUUACAGCAGUUCUUCCAUGUUAUCUACCAGGACGUGUUCAGGAACAGCGAUUAUGUAAAACUGUCAGGGUUGUAGACUUAAUGGGACAGGUGGAGUCACUCCUCGUAAAGCUGGGUGAUACUGGGUUGGCCUGAUUUUUUCACACCAAACUUGAUUUACAAAUUUUUCUUUCUUUGAGGAAAUGACUCAGAAUAACUGUCAGUGCCUGGGUCAUGAGCUCACCAUUGUGGUGCCUUUAGGUUUGUGAAGUAAGCUAAAAGCUAACAACUCAAUCAAUGCCAAUAAGAUGUCAAACCAAUCUAAUCUCCAAUUUCCACUGCAUUCAGAAUGGCUACAAAAAGGCCGUAUGUGCCGAUCGCAGCUGAUUGUUUCCAUUCAAGUUAAUGUGUCAGUUUCCACCGGCUUCUCUCCGUUCCACUGCGGAUUAGCGGACUCCGCAGCCAAUCGCCUGAGUUGGGUUUUUCUCGGACGCUGCAGCAUGCCGCAUAAAUUGAGCACAGAUUAGCCUGUGCUGGAAAGGAAGUCGGGCAUAGACACAGAAUAAAACAACCAGCUACUUUUCAAACUAAAACACAAUGUGUUUCAGGCGGAUCGUAUUUCACACCAUGCAAACGGGCGGGGACGAACAAGUGAAAGGUUUUCAGACAGCAUUUCACCCUGUUGACACCAGGCAUGAGGAGAUGCCGAUUCCAGAAGUCUAGAAGUGGAUUUCCUCCUCUGGAAGGACACAAUCUACUGUUUAUAUGGUUAUAUGGCUGUCUUUAUAGAGACAACUCAUUAUCGCGUGAUUGCACGUGAAUCCGCGGGUUCUUGUGAUUUUCCCGCGAUUCCCUCUGUCUGAAAUCUGCCACGAAAUUAGCCUCACAAAUGCAUCUGGUAGGAACUGGGGGAUGGCGAAAAUGGCCACUUUUCAGUAGUGGAGCCAUUCCGAAUGCGGUGGAAAUUGGGGAUAAUGCUGCGUUUGAGUUACCUCGGAAGUCGGAGGCCCGAGCUAAAAAUGACGUCACAGCAUCAACCAGCGUUUCAGUUACCAAGUCAGACAAGAGCAAAAUUGGAGGCGGAAACAAGAUGGCUACAUCUACAAAAGUUAUAUUAGCGCUUGCCUUAUAUUCGGACAAGGCAAGUGCUAAAAUAACUUUCGUAGAUGUAGCCAUCUUGUUUCCGCCUCUGACUUUGCUUUUGUCCGACUUGGUAACUGAAACGCUGGGAGCUUAGGUGUGACGUCAUUUUCAGCUCGGACCUCUGACUUCAGAGGUAACUGGAACGCAGCAUAAGGCUGCAUGGUUUGACUGCAAUGUAAUAAAAAACUGUCCCUCCAGCUCUCAAGAAAUCAUGUCAUGUGAAGCGUUGUACAGAUGAUGCAGAGUACUUCAGAAGUAUCAGUCCCAGGCUUUGAUUUAUUAAAGUGAAAUAAAUGAAUCGGUGUAUUUCUGAACAGUCUGAACAUCUUCAGACAAAAAAAAGGAUCAGCUCUGAGAUUCUGGUGGAUUUCCAUGAUUGUUCGUACCAAUUUCAACUAGACAGUCAGAGCUUGUGUUUUCUUUUAAUCUAAGACCUCAGGACCUCUUCAUCCAUGCGAUAUCUGGAAGCUGUCCAGUCCCUGCUGAUCUCUGUAUGUGUGCACAGGUGGUUUCAGGUCACCUUUGGCAUAACAGUCUCGAUCUCAGUGUGUUCACUAUGCAUGCGCUCAGAAAUUUGAAGCUCUAAAUAUAAUAUUCUGAGUUUUUUUUCUAUCCACGUAAUUCAAGCUUGCCACCUUGAACUCCCUCUGCGCAGGUGAAAGUGGUUUUCAAAUCAAAAUGAAUCCAAGCGCUGGCAAUGUCUCCACAGCAGCAGCAGCAGCUCUGCCAAACAAAUAUGGACGCGUACCAGCUCCCCCCGCAGUAUUGAUCUGAACCCAGAUGAACCUGUCAUCGCUGAUCAAUCGACCUGUUGUUUUUAUAACCCGUCUAAUCCCCGCUCUGUCAUGCUCAUUGCUCAGCGGCUGCACUGGGUUGCAGAGAGGUAUGUAGAGCCGUCACACAGGUUCAGGGGUCUGUCAAUCAUCGCCUCUGAAACAGUGAUGUUAUUGUGCUCAGGGAGACGAUGCUUGUCCAGGUCUGUGUGGGCUCUGCAGCAUUGUUCAGACGUUAUUUUACAAGUGCAGACAAAUUAGCAUAUCUGCCCUCUCUGUGAAAAAAACAGAACAUAAUUCCUGCUAGAUCUGAUCCUGAUCGCCCACACAUGAGGUUUUAAGAAAGACGCCCUCAUCUCUUUCUGUCUGUCUCAUUCCUCUGCAACCUUUGACAGCUACUUCACUUCUAUUUUCAUAAACCACAUUUAAGUUUCCCUUCCUGAUACAGAAGUUUUCUUUUAACUAAAGCAAGACUCAAACAACACCAUGUUAGCGGUAGACAUCAGGCAAAACAAACAAUAAUAGAUCCAAGAUGUGGUAGUUUCAUUUAGGGCUGGGCGAAUAAACCAGAAAAUUUACCGGUAGUGAAAUUUACGACAAUAACCAACAUCAUUUUGCCUAUAUCGGUAUAUUUGGUGUCAAAAACAUAAAUAAAUAAAAGUUGAUUUUGGAUGUGUGUAGGUAGGCUAUGGUCUCAUGUCCCUUUACGACGCUUUCCUACGUCAGAGACGUGACUCCACCCCAUCCAGUGGAAUGAGCAAAGAGGGAAAGACAGGUGAGGAGGUGGAGGACGGUUCAAAGGUUGUAGUGGCUGGAGCGGCGGUUGAAGUAGACAGAGUUAAUGUGGGAUGGGGUGAGCAGUUUGUGGAGUAGUUAUUGUCCAUUUUUAUUGAGGUGAAGUGCUAAAUAUCUUGUGAUAUUGAUUUGAGGCCAUAUCGCCCAGCCCUAGAUAGCCAACUGCAGUAUAGAGAAAGACCCAGGAAUUAGUUUUACUGAACCAAAUGGUUCCCAGAGAUGACGACUGAAAAGCUGCAGCUGAAUGAAGAACUGUACAAAACCCCUGCAUGGACCAGCAUUGUUGUUUAUCCUAACAGCUCUUUUCAACACAGACCGAUAGUUUGCAUCAUUUUAUAUUUAUGAAAACAUCACAGUAUGUGAUUGAUUGAUUGCUCCUGAGAAGUCAAGCACAAGAUUGAAGUCAUUAGUCGAGCCACAUUGGAAGGUAUCAAGAGCCAGGGUUAAACAAAAGGAAAAAAGGACCCAAAUAUGAAGACUCAAAAAAUGAUUUAUAAAAAAAAUGCUAAAUGAAAAACAACAAAAACGUACUUCCUAAUGUCCAACUGAAAAAUCCCAAAGGCAAAAUCCAACAAAAAGGCACUGGGGAAGAAAAACCUAUAGGGAAACUAGGUAACCACACAAACCGACAAACACAAUGAACCAACAAGGACAGAGGGGAAGACGUGGACUAUAUACACACUGGGAAACGAGCAACAGGUGAUGCAGAUGAGACAGGUAAAACUCAUGGAUGAUUAACAAAGGAGGGAAAACUAAGGAAGUAAAACCAGACUAGAAACACAAGAAAUCAACUACUACAAAGUGAAACUGAAAAUAAACACUGAAAACUGAUGUAAAGAAUAAAACACAGAGAACAGGAGGGAAACAGAGUCAAACACAAACUGAAAACUAGUCUGGCUGACAUCAGAUCCAUACUGUCCUACCUCUAUUCUGAAUUAAUUGGCCAAUAAAGUAAAUUUUUUUCUCUUUAAAAAUGUUGGUAUGAGCCUCCUAAGUCACUUAUACAUGUUCAUCUAUUCAUAAAGAUUAUUUAAAAAACAACUUCACAAACAAGGAUGUUUUGAAGAGUUAGAUUUAACCCACAGUGUUUCAGCGUCUUUGUGAUGAGCAUAAAGCAGUCUUAUUUUUCCUCGGAUGCUCUUUUAAAUUCGUACCAUCAGUAUCAUUAAUUCCACUUUAGAGCUCUACUUUUAUCGCGGCCUCGUACAUUUCUCCAUUUGUGUUUUAGCUCAGUAGAUAUCAUUAAGGUUGUCUGAAUCCAAACAUUACGGCUUUUUGUUUGUACGGCAGUAUUUUGUCAAGCUUCUCUCUGGUUUUAUUUUGAACAUAAAUCAUUUUUAAUGACUCUGCCGACAUCACUCGCCGACUGCAGAGGUUCAUUAACUCCAAGUAAUGAAGUGAUGGUGGAGCUGUGGUUUAUUUGUGUUUAGGAACAUUGAAGUCGGUCCACGUUAUGAAGCCAAUUUAAAUAUUUGCAGAUUUAUGUGGGGUUUUUUUUAUUUCAGGGUUUUUAUUCCUCUAAACAAGUCAUCUCUUCGUGGAAAAAGGAAUUGAAUGUGCUUAUUACGAGUCUUUGUGCACCACUUUAAAAGGAGAAAAAACAUGAAAAGGGAAGCUGUGUCUGCGUUCAUCUGUCCAUUAACACUCUUGUUCUCAGUGUGAAGGUUAUGUGGGUGUUCUUUCCUCCUCAUCAAGUCACUGGUAGUGUAGCAACACAGCAGACCGCUGAAUAAUGGAUGUGCAGGGAUCUGGGAUGCUGUUUCUCUCACCUUCCUCUGAUUCACAUUAUUCUUAGUACUCUGCCUCACUUAACUUGGCAGAACAGAGUCAUAGUGUCUCGGCUGUUUGACGGAUCUCCAGGAAUUUAUGUAGAGUCGUGGUGUUCCCCUCUGGUUUUGGUGAUGGUCUGACUUUUACUAGAACACCACUGUUAGGAAAGACUACGUACUAUAAGAGCCACAUUAUAAAUCAAGUUCAGACUCUGAACCCAUAGACUGUUUAUACUAAGGACAACUUGGUUCUGCCUUGCGUCAUUAUACGAAUUUGAAGAUGAUUUGCUCUCUGUAUUUCCGGGAUUUUUUCCACUUCCUGGAACCACAACUUGCGCACUAGCGUUGUACACAUUCGCCAGGAGAGUCACUGCGAUGACGCUCGGCUCAAACAGCAUAUCCCCUGGGUGAGCUAUGCAAUCCUUUUACACCCAUAGGCUGCAUCAAGUGUCAAUCAUAGAAAACAUGAACCUCCUAAUAACUUUUAGAAAUGGAGCUGUACAGAAUGAAGAGAACUUGAGCACAAACCAGUCUGACAGUAACUACAUGUCAACAUCACAACCAGGGGGGAGAAAAAUUCAUAUUCUGUGUAAUAAAUUUCUAAAGUUUGUCCACAUCCCCAUAGGGAUUGCUGGAGGAGGCAGGAUUUAUGACCUAUACUGCAGCCCGUCACCAGAGGGUGCUGUUCUCACAGUGACUUCACCCAGCAAGGAGACGUCGGCGUCCAUUCUAUAUACAGUCUAUGGUUGAACCCUGUCGACUUUCCUUCCCUGCUACCACCAUGUCCUACUUUUCACUAAUAUAAUCACUUACACAUCGUUAUCCUCUAGUUGCAUUGAAACUUUCUUGGUUCCCAGAUGAUGAACCCUUCUGGUUUUCAGGAUCCCAUGACAGCUUUGCAAAGUUGACUGUUUCAAUCUUAGUAAAGUGAGGUAACAGAUACGAGUAUAGCUGCGUUAAAAUCUAGUACAGACAUUCAGGGUGCCCAGGGGAUCUAUCGUCUAACUUUUGGCCCUUCAAGAAGAUUGAUUAGUAGGGCUGUAAUCAACCAAAGAAAGUCUUGGUCGAGUAAAACCCUGAAAUUUUCGACCAAAAAUCGAGUAACUAGUUUUGAGCAGGAACUUACAAUCUAACUAAGUCCUAUCAUUAUCAACUGUACUCUGUGUUCAUUGGUAUUACUCUGGAUUUUUUUGCAUGACAGAAUCUGCUGUAAUUUUUGCACUUUGAACAUCUUCUUUAGCUGUUUUUGGGGCUCGGCUUUUGUAGCAAAUCUCUGGGGAAUAAUUUUGGUGAUUCUCAGACUUUGAGUCUUGGGUUGUCGAAUACGGACAUGUGCGAGGUCCAAAAUCAACUCCAGCCAACUAAGAACUGUGUGUUGAUUUCGUGUCUUGGUUUUUGCAGGAUCAACAAACAACUUAAUCUUGUGCUCCAACUAACUCUUUCGGUUCAUCUUCAACACAUCAGUAUCUAAUGAAAUGUGCCGAAACCAAAGUAGGUUAAGCAAAAGAACAAAUUUAUUAUUCAGGCCUGUAAAAUAAAUCGCCUGGCAGGAGAAUUUUUUUUCAGCCUCUGAGCUGAUGAGUGAAAAAGUAAAUAUGAACCUUAACUGCCUUUUGAAAAAACAGACAAAGAUAAUAAUAUGAUUUCUAUCUGCUGUAAUGAUAACCAUUUGAAAAACUACAAGAAAUGUCAGCAUUAUAGAGCCGUUAGCAAACCUCAUGGUCUGAUUUUUUGUCUUCAGUCUGUGUCUACUCCAGUUUCACAGAUUUGCAAAUUUGGUGGACGUCAUAAACAAAGCUGAAAGUGGUUUCAAACUAACAUGCUGCAACUCUCGGUAAUUUUCAUGUAAUUUGGUGAAACCAAAGCCGACGAUUCCCCCCUGGUUGCUCUCUGCAUAUUUUAAUCAUUUGACACUGACGGCUUCAUCUCUCUGUUUUUCUUUUUCUUUUCUUCUCUGUACAGAGAGCAGCCGAUCUUCAGUACACGGGCCCACGUCUUCCAGAUAGACCCGACCACCAAGAAGAACUGGGUUCCCACCAGUAAACACGCCGUCACAGUCUCCUACUUCUUCGACAGUACCAGGAAUGUAUAUCGAAUCAUCAGUCUGGAUGGAUCCAAGGUGUGUGUAGGUUUGACCUUCAGGUUCAACUAUUCUAACUCUCCCUAAAGUAAUGGACGUUUUCAUCAGAAUUAACGUCUUUGUAUCUGUUAAUCCAGCUGUGUCCCACCUCGGCUCUGAGCUGGUCCUGAACUCUCUGUGCUGAAGCAGUGAAGGGGCGGUCAGACCUGUCAUCGUAUCUAUGUGGCAGUGAUUAUUUUAGUCUGGAGAGAGGUGCAGGGGUGGAGUUAGCAUACUUAUGUAAGAGCCUCUCAGAGAGACGACUGCUGCUGCUUCUGUUGCUGCUGCUGUUGUUGUUGUUGAACCAACAAGUUCUGCUGUGUUGGUCUGGAAAUAGCAGCGAUUUGGUGAGCUGGCGCUGGAGGAUGUUAUUAUCCAGACAAGAAGACGAUGACAAACAAAGACAGGCGCCACAUUAUGACAUUUCCUUUUCCUUCACUUAUGGAGCGAACGGGAGGAAAAUGUUUUUGAAAUGAAAAUGUAAAAGAGGAACUUUUGUCCACUAAAUAAGUCCCAACAUGUCUCCAUCAGGUCUCAGUCUCUUCUGAAGCUUCUCCACUUAAAGCACCAUUCAUACACAGUCAGUCUUAUAUGUGGACUUCUGGUAGAUCAUGAGUUAUCUCCCGACGUUAGUGUUUGAUGUGGUGCAUUCACUGGACGUAGGCGAAGUCUGUAACUUUCUUGGCUUUGCUGCCCAACUCAAAAGCUACAUCCUGCCUCUCCAUGGAUAAAAUAAAAAAAUUUGAGGGAAAACUUUAUAAACUUCAUAAACUUUAUAAGUUUGGAUCCUGUGAGAACAGAUCUUUGGUCAACAUGGUGGAGAAGGUCUGUGGUGAAAAAAGUGUUUUGCAGUCAACCUCUGACAAAAUAAUGAAGUGGUGAAAGGUGGGGUAGGCAGAGUGGCGGUUCUAGACUAAAUUACUCCCUGGGCGAGACCCCCUCCAGAGGGGGCUUUCUGGUUGGUUCCUACGGUCCAAUAUCGUAGCACACUAACUUUGUUUGGGCUCGUGAACGUUAUUUGUCAAGCGUGCCUCACAACCGAUCAGGUUAGGGAAAGAGGAGAACGGAUUUGUUUACAGUCAGAAAGAGGGCUGCUCAAAACAUUUAAAAUGUUGACUACACAGACAUAACACAACGAUAUAAUUUUACCAAAUGUCAUCAAUAACAUUUGAUGACAUUGACUGAAAGCUAUUGACUGAUAUUAAAAGCUUUUUUGUACAUACACCACAAAAAAAAGAUGCUUCUUUCACAGAUUCCUGCCUACCCCACCUUUAAGUUUUGAUUUUUUUAAAGAAUUUAAACUUUUUAUUAGAUUUUAUAUUUUCAGUUUUUAAACCCUCCAAGCUCGCCUCUCACCCAGUCCUCCUACACUGAUCAAUAACUUUACAGUCAAGCUGGACCCACUUCAGAGCUCCUCACUGACUGUUUCCUGUUUACCAAUGAGUGGGAAUACAGGCCCACGUCGAUACACCACACACACAAUCUACCAGAACCUGAAAUCUGGCAUCUGUGCUUUUAUUUUCUGUUUUGUCCUCCACAGGCCAUCAUCAAUAGCACCAUCACCCCCAACAUGACGUUCACAAAGACAUCGCAGAAGUUCGGCCAAUGGGCCGACAGCCGAGCCAACACCGUCUACGGCCUCGGCUUCUCGUCCGAGAGCCACCUGGUCAAAGUAGGAACUCAGUUUUUUACAAGAAGAGGAUUUAUAAACUAUUUUCUCAUUGAAGACGAAGCUUUUUUAGUGAGUUUCUUGUUUGUGUUUCUUUUAGUUUGCAGAUAAGUUUGUGGAGUUUAAAGAGGCGGCGCGGUUAGCGAAGGAGAAGUCUCAGGAGAAGACGGCGCUCAGCAGCACUCCCUCUCAGGUAACCUAAACCACCAACACCUCUGCAGCCUUCAUGCUGACUUAGAUAACCUGAUUCUCUGAGGGUUUUCAUGAGACGAGAAGCUGAAGGAGAAGCUGAAGAAGUUAAAAAGUCGAACCGAAUGAAGAAAUGCUGUUUCAAACAAACGAGAGAUUCACAUUUAUCUGCUGAGUUAACACCUUCUGACUUCCUCUCAUGACUCCUCCUCAGAGCGGCACUGUAAGGAGGAAUCUCUUGUCGGUCAACAAACCUGUUAUAAAGAAGGUAAAAAGAAAAGGAGAGAGUAAAUUUAUGAAUCCAAAGACCUUUUUUCCUUCCCAGUCUGACCCUGAGUGUUUGAUACAGACUUCCCUAAGAUCUCUGAUCGCAGUGAUGUUGUCGACUUCUCCCUGUUUGUGAUCGUUUUGUUGCCUUUUAAAAGACCCACCUCUUACCCUGAUGUCAGAUAAACCUCCCCCUCAAACACGCUGCCCUAAUCUUUUCCUUUCUCCAACACACCUGAUUCAAAUGAUCAGCUCGUUAUCAAGCUCUGUAAUGGCUUAAUAACGAGCUGAUCAUUUGAAUCAGGUGUGUUGGAGCAGGGAAACAUCCAAAACAUGCAGGACAGCGGGCCUCGAGGACUGGACUUGAGAACCACUGAACUAAAGGAUACUGAAUGGGGUUUGAGGUUGGGUUAUGGAGAAAAGGGUUUAAUUGGUUGAAUUGUUAUAUUAUCUUUUCUUACUGGGUCUAAGGGAGAGUUAUGAGUUUCCAUGAUCCAGAUUCCAGUUUCCUCUUUGUUCAGUUUUUGCCAAAGUUGAGGAGGAGGAUCGAGUGAGAUCUGUCUGCUCCUGCUGCUCAGUUGGUGUGUUCGCUAGAGGUGAUCAAUGAGGUGAUUUAGAACAGGUGAGGGGAGGGGGAGAGGUCAACUGUGGAGAGGUUGGUUGUGAUUUGUGCUCUGGGGCUUUGACUGACAGGUAGGGUAACCAAUGGGAGCAGAGAGGUGGACAGAAACGAUUACAUCUUCAUAAAAUAUCGAGUUAUGAGAAGCCAAAGUCAGACAGAGGAAAAGGAAGCAAAGGAAGGGAGAGCAUCAGCAGCAAAGACCUCAGGGUCCAGAAUAAACCAGGCGUCAGUGAAACCAUUAAAACCAGACCAGGCUGACCAUCAUCACUGGUUUUUGUCUCAAAUUAAACCCGCUUAUAUGCCUGUCUUUUCUGACCAAUCAGGAGUCAGCUCCCGGCGAACUCCUGUCACCUGUGACCCCAGAGAGCAUCAACGGUACCGAAGACGAGAGAGCCACACCAGACGCACCUCAUGUCCCUGAAGCUAGAGGAGAGCCUUCCCAGAAUGCUUUGCCCUUCUCACACAGGUACAGGUCUUUGCGGCUGCUGCUGCUGUGGAUUCACUCAUUCAUUAUGAAUCCCCUCAGAGUCUCCGGACAGCUUUAAAGCUUUACAUUAUCACACCACACAUACUGCCCAUUAAUUAUAGAGCACUAGACCAGAGGAGAUGGUUUAUCAGCUGGGCUUCAGACCGAUGUCAGAGCAGCAGGAAAAAAAUCGAACUUGAAUUUUAGUGUUUUUUUAAUCACUUAAGACAGUUAAGUUAACCUGAAAGACUGAUGGGUUUUUCAUGAACAGUAUCUCUACAGAAGAAAACAAGAAAAACAGUUUUUAUAGUGAAAAAUCUAGAGAGACAAAAGGUACCACUGUGUCCCCACAGAGGGCGCCAAAACCAACACAAUGAUGUCUGAGCGCCGGUCUGUAAAGGGUAAGAGGAUUUAAAAGGUGCUGAUGAUGUCGCCUGUCUCUGAUUGGUUUUUCCACAGUUUGAAGGCUCUAAGUGCUUCCAAUGAUCCGAAAACACCCGGACACGUUCAGAGUCGAUAAACGUCUGACGUCAUCUGGAGAGCUGCCAUUUAAAGCUUUUAAAGUGAUCAAUACAGUUCAGAUUCACAGACAGCGAGAGCCGAUUGGAGUAACGUCAUCAUGUUUGUUGACGUCUGGUCAAAGUGGAGCAGCAGGAUUUUGGAUUUUAGGAGGGAAAACGCAGAUGUGACGAAGUUUAAUUUCAGGCUUUGAUAAAGUAAAACCAAAUCUGUCCCCGAGUGUUUUUACAGCGCACAGCCUCAGACUGACACCUGAGAGGCAGCAGGUCUUCAUGCCUGAGACGCCGCAGCUACUUUUAGAAGAAGAUAAACAGAGAUAGUUGAGACCUGCAGCCUCUCCUGAUGACAGAUCUCUGAAACAGUGUUUCGCCAGUUUACUUAGUGCCGAUCAGAGCGCGCCGAGUCGUUUGUGGCGUGUUUUCAUGAGGCAGAGAGAGGGAGAUUUAUUCACGCAGCACACCUGAAACAGCAGGUUGGUGGAGGUCCAGAAUAAAUUUAGAUAAAUGCAGAUAAAAGAGUGAAAGACGACUGCUGAAGUGCUCCAAUGAGCUGUUAUUCCUGAAGAUGUGAUGAAGAAUAUGAGAGUUUAGGUGACAGUUUGGGUGUUUCAGCGCACUCUUCUGGACAAGCUAUGUAAUUAAACCUUUUCUUAACCUCUGCUGACUUUGUUUCCUACCGUAUUUCUUCUUUAAAAAUGUCUUCAUCCUCCAAACUCCAAAACAUUCACACAGACACCCUUAUAUUUCUGAUAUGACCAGAUACGAUCAGGUUUGUCUCAUCACUUUUUCUAACUUUACUACCUUUUCUGAACUCUCUUCCUCCUUCUUUCAGUUCCUCCAGCAUUAACAAACACUGGGAGGCGGAACUUGCGGCGCUAAAGGGGAACAACGCCAAGCUGACGGCGGCCCUGCUGGAGUCCACGGCGAAUGUGAAGCAGUGGAAGCAGCAGCUAGCGGCCUAUCAGGAGGAGGCAGAGCGGCUACACAAACGGGUAUCAACUCAGAGACGGAGAUCAGCGGUGUGUUGACGGUUUAUUUUUGACUUUUUUCUUUUUUAAUGAAGGUGUUUCUGUUUUUCUCCAGGUGACGGAGCUGGAGUGUGUGAGCGGCCAAACUACUGUGAUCAAAUCCCAAAAAACGGAGCUCAACCACACGAUAGAGGAGCUGGAACUGGCUCUGAGGGCGAAAGAGGAGGUACGAGGAAGGAGUCACCGAGCACCGAGACUGUUUCAUCAUAUCUGUGUCUGUUUUCAUCUCCAUGUUUGUCUGUUUCUGUUUUACCUCAGGAGCUGGAGAGACUCAAAGCAGAGGUGGAGAGUGCCAACGUGUUCCAGUCUCAGAGAGAGUCCCUCACACAGAAACUAAAGGUGAGGAAAAACCGCUUACAGCUGAUUCAGCUCUUCCUGCUCCUGUUACUACAGUCAGAGUGUCGAGUUAAAUGUCUCCUUUUUCCAGCAUCAUUACCUGCUCCAACUCACUCAAGGCCUGAAGAUCAGCAGAGGACACUGUAGACAACUCAGCUUUUGACUUCCUUUGACUGUAGAUGGUAGUCAGUGGCAGAAACAAGUUAAUAACCUCAAAGGAAGUAAAUGAAAUCAGGCUGUCAUGAAGUAGGCACAAAUAAAUUAACUCAUCAGUACUCAUUUCAGAAAGGGUAUGGUAAAAUAAAAGAAGAAGAAAAAAAAACACAUUUAAAUUUUCUUUCUUAAUUUCAUUCAUUUUGUUUUUGCUUGGUCCCUUUGCUCCGUUGCAUUAUUCCUUUACUUUUAUGAGUUAGUAUUAUUAUUUUCAAAUGUUAUCUGUUUUAUAUAACUCCGCAAAACAAGCAUUCAUACGAAGGCAUACACACACACACACACACGUGCGCGCACACACACUCAAAAAGUUAAACUGUUACCCUAGCUUGUGUCUGUCUUGUCUUGUCUCCCCCAUCUGUUUGUUAGUUUAUUGUCCCUCACCUGUCAUGUUCUGUUUUGCAUUACUUAAUAAAAAAAAUUUAAAAAAUAGAACAAAAAGCACCUUCAAGUCUUCAUGUCUGAAGGAAAUAAUUUAAAAAAAAUCAAAAAGGGUUAAUACAAACAAAAAACAACAACAAAAGAGACCAAAAUAAUCCGAUAAGUGUUAGGUCUCAUCCACCAGUGCCACUAUAGACGGGCGCAACCAUGGGGCAAAAGCUUAACGCAAUUCCAAUAAAAUGUCAUUUCAUUGAAAAAUCGCUUUGUCUUUCAUUACAUCACAAAUUAAAAAAAAAAAAAAACACUUGCUGAAAUAUUCAUGAAUUUUACUCAAUUUACCAGGUUGUGAUGUUGUUUUGGAUGUUUCUCAUAUCAGGAGCAGGGUCGUAAUGUUUGUGAAUGCUAACAAAGUCAAAGUAAAAAUGUUUAUGACGAUUUACAGCACAACAGCUCCCUGUCAUUUUCUUUCUCUGUUGACUCCGCCAGUAAACAAAUAAGAAAUGUCCCGCUUUCUGCCCCCUGACUGCACAAGCAUACCUGCGAUGACGUUGCACAGAAGCCCAUCUAUAUUAGUUUAAACAUUAUAUUUUAAGUGCACUCAAACAUUUCAACCUCUCAAUCACUGAGUUGAAGUUAUUUUAUCUGUUAAUUUGAUUGAAAUAAAGAUUUUCUCACCACUGGCGUCUCUGAGGUCUCUUUGCAUUGAUGCCACCAAACACUCUCUGUAACAAAAGGGUGACACACCUGUCCCUGAGCCUCUGUAAUGCCUCUGCCUACAAUCCCCCACUCUACCUGCACCUGCUGUGACUCACCAGUGGGAGGGACAAACCUCUGCAACAUGAUCUAAACAGUCACAUCAAUUUUCUUUAAAAAAAUCUCUCAAGACUGACCUUACACAGAGUGAGAUUCUCAGGCCUGUGUUUUUUUUUUUGUCUCAGGACUCCGAGUCCAGGAACCAGACGUUGGAGGCCCAGCUGAGCGAUCUGGAGCAGCGUCUGGAGAGCAGCCAGCAGGAGCAGGAGGCCUUCAGGAAGAGUCUGCGCUCGCUGCUGGAGCUCCUGGACAGCAAGAUCUUCGAGCUGAACGAGCUGAGGGACACACUGGCCAAACUGCUGGAGGGCAGCUAGAGAGACAAAACACAGCGUAGACCCUCCCCCCCACAGAGAGACCACUGAACCCACCACCACCAACAGCACCACCUCCACCACUGCAGCAGCCAGCACUCUGAGGAGAAACCACCACCUGCAUGUUGGACUCACACACCUCCACCCACACGUAAGACGAUGACUUGAAUCUUUUUUUUAACCACAUGUACGACGACGUGUGAAAGGGAUUGUUUACACACGACUUUAUGCAUUCGCGGUGUACACACACACACACACAGACAGACACACUUUCACGUUUACAAACAUGCCAAGUGACGAGGCUUCGCUUGGACCAUGCCUUCCCUCCGCUCCACGCCGGAACGACCCUCCGGCUACACGUCGAAAAAAAACUCUGAAUGAACUUUGAUUUUCUUGAACGUCUCUUGAAUGUCGUCCCAUUUGAGGAGACGCCGGAUUUUCGGUUUUUUUUUUUGCUUCUUUAAUCAAACCGACUUUCUCGAGUUUCGCUUUGGUGCAUUUUUCAGUCGCCGUGGAGUCGACGGGCGUUUCUUUUCUUUGUCAGCCAAAUAAAAACACUCGAGAUGGACUCUGAGAUUUAUCCGGAUUUUGUUUUCAAACUGGAACGUCACGCAGAGAAGGCAAAAAAAGUGUUCAAAAUCCUCCGAUGAACUGCCAAAUGUAACAACAAACAAAAAGAAAAAACAGCUGGUGUGGUGAGGACUUUUGUCUUAUUAUUAUUCUAUUCUUCUACGAUAUAAGAGCAAUACUAAAGGGAGCUACAGAGGGUAAAAGAAACACUUUCCACUCUCACUUUCAGGUAAUUUUACUCCCCGGUACGCUUAGACCGCAGGCGAGGCGGGAUCGGAUUCUUUGGUCUUUCUUUCUAUACACUUUUUUUAAAGAAUACUUCGAUGACGACUUCAUAGUGCACUUGUAAAAAUGGAGUUUGUGUGUGUGAGUGAAUCUUUCCCUACUUUGUUUUUGACUUGAAGUGCAAUGAUUGAAUCCUUUUUCUGUUUUCUUAAUUUAUUACCGAACUCUUACUGAAAUUGUACCCAAGCAAAUAUUUUAUUUCACUUUUUUAUCGUCUGCUACAGAUGGGUUUUGUUUUUGUUUGUCUUUUUUUGAAAAACUGGCAAUAUUUUUGAACUAUUUAUGGACGGAGACACGCGAACAUUUGCAGCUCGGAUUUACGGAGAAUCGUCUUUUUCUUUUGCCAAAUAACACUUUCCUGUACAGAUUUGAAUUUUGCAGAUGUUGCCUUUGGUACAGCGAUGCAUCAAUGGUAGCUAACUGGCGGUACUUUUAUUUUGGUGGGAUUUACUAUUGCCAAAAAUACAGCGCAGUACAAGAGGAAUAAGGUACGUAUACCUGAAGAACACUACUUAAGGGCUUGUCGUCGGUACAUUUGGGAGACUUGAAUGACUUUAUCACGGUGAAAAUGACAAUUACAGCUUGAAAGGUGAAAAAAAUGAUUUGAAUAAGACUUUUAAAUGUUAAUUAUUAUUAUUAUUACCACAUGCAUAAAACACAAAUUGUAAUUUUGAGUUUAUAGUAAAACAAACCAAAUGGAAAA